AUGAAUGCCCAGGAGGCCAAAGGAGCAGGGCGAUGCCUGGAGCUCUGCCUGUUCCUGCUGGGCCUGGCGAUCCCGGCCUUUGAGGGCUGCCCCAGCGACUGCGUCUGCUACCCCUCGCCCAUGACGGUCAGCUGCCAGUCGCACAACUUCCUGACCAUCCCGGAGGGGAUCCCGGCGGACAGCGAGCGCAUCUUCCUGCAGAACAACCAGAUCUCCCUGCUGCUGCGCGGACACUUCAGCCCCUCCAUGGUCACCCUCUGGAUCUACUCCAACAACCUGACCUUCAUCGACCCCGAAGCCUUCCGUGGCUUUGGCCGCCUGGAGGAGCUGGACCUGGGCGACAACCGGCACCUGCGGGAGCUGUCGGCCGAGACCUUCCAGGGGCUGGUCCACCUCCACGCGCUGCACCUGUACAAGUGCGGCCUGAGCUCCCUGCCCAGCGGGCUCUUCCGGGGCCUGCACAACCUGCAGUACCUCUACCUGCAGGACAACCAGCUGGGCUACCUGCAGGAGGACCUCUUUGUGGACCUGGCCAACCUGAGCCACCUCUUCCUGCACGGCAACCAGCUGCGCAGCCUCCAGCCCCACUCCUUCCGGGGCCUGCUGGGCCUGGACCGGCUGCUGCUGCACCAGAACCGGCUGCAGAGCGUCCACCGGCUGGCCUUCCACGACCUGCGCCAGCUGACCCUGCUCUUCCUCUUCAACAACAGCCUCGCCGAACUGCAGGGGGAGGCCCUGGCGCCCCUGGCCGCCCUGGGGUACCUGCGCCUGAACGGGAACCCCUGGCGCUGCGACUGCCGGGCCCGCUCGCUCUGGGACUGGCUGCGCCGCUUCCGGGGCUCCAGCUCCUCCGUCCCCUGCGAGGCCCCCCAGCACUUCCACGGCCGGGACCUGAAGGAGCUGCCGGCCGACGCCUUCCGGGGGUGCUCCGCCUCGGAAUCCCUGCACCAGACCCACGGGCCCCGGCUGCCCCCCAGGGACCACCCGCCCCUCCUCUCUUCCACGGAGCAGGGGGAGGGCGCACCGGGGGGCCACGGCAUCCAGUCGGGGCAGCACCCCGGGUCCCGGAAGCCCCUGAAGAACUGCACCAAGAGCCGCAACCGGAGCAGCCGGCCGGCCUCCCUGGGGCCCUGGAAGAGCACCGAGGAGGCGCAGGACCUGAAGCACCAGCCCAACCUGGGCCUGCUGCCCAAGCCGAAGGGCAAGUGCCACCGGGCCCCCGUGCCGCCCCCCAGCGGAGUCCAGCAGGCCGCGGGAGGGGGGCGGAGCUCAGGGGGCCGGGCCACACUGACCCUCCGUGCUGCCGUUCUCGUCUGGACCCUGGCCUGGGUGGUGGUGAUCUUCCGCUGACCGGUCCCGCCUGGAGCCAUGCUGACUCUCUGCUCCUGAGCACCAGGGCGUACUCUUGUUCCCUCCGAGGAGGGUCUGGCCGUGGGCCGUCAGUCCAUGGCUAACCAGGCGUGGGACUGCUCCGUUGGGACUGCCCUGCGCCCUGGGUACGAGUGGCGUGAGGGGUUAGGAGCCCUGCCAGCCCCCUCCUGGUGCCCCAGCUGAGCUCCCACAAAAGGCAAGGACAUACCUGCCCCUCCCCAGCCGGCCUGGAGGGGCCCAUCCUGAGCAGGGCGGCAGGCUCUGCCCCUCCCUCGCUUGUCCAGUCUCGGCCAGAGGAGACCCAGAGGAGACCCUGCCCAGCCUCCCCUCUGGACCAGCCGGAAGGACGCCAGCUGCUCUUUCGGCCCCAGUAGGACCCCCAUCUCCCCCUUGCUCAGGAUGCAUCCUCAGCCCUGGCAGGAAAGACCAGCCAGCAGCCAGAGCCUCCCAGCCCACAGAGAGCCAGGCGGGCGGGCUGGCUGGGCCGAGGGGGCACCUGCAGAGACUCUUGAGUGAAAGGUGUGUCCGUUCUUUUGUAACCUCUG